UCGCCGGCCGGGCCGAGGCCGCUCCGCCGCGCCUCCCGCCCCCGCGCGGUGACGCUGCUGCUGCUGCUGCUGCUGCUGCUGCUGGGCGCGGGCACCGCGCGGAGCCCAGGCCCCGCCGCCGGGCUCUCCGCUCGGCCGAGGGGCGCCCGAGCCGCCGCGGCGCUCGCCCGGAAAAGUUUCCCCGCCCGGGCUCCCCAGGGGCCGGAUGUCUGCUGCCCAGCCAUUACUCAGACCUGCUUUCUGGAACUUGGCCGCCCAAGGCGUCAUGGGGCUGUGGCUUCCAGGCCCGUCUGGGAGCCCUGUGGACUCUGCCCAUCCGGGGUGAGGAGGAGCUGCAUCGCCGAUGCCUCCUGCCAUCAGCUGUCAGAGCUGGCAGACCUCCUCCGCCCGCAGCCCUGCCCGUCUCAGCCCCAUGUCCCCACCAGUCAGCCCCGGGCCACAGGCAGUGAACGGGUCCGCGGGAGCCGAGGCCCUGUGACCAGGCCUAGAAGACGGGGGCUCCGGGGUCCCAGCCGUCUGUCCCCUCCAUGGAGCUGAGGCCCUGGGUGCUAUGCGUGGUAGCAGCAGGAGUCUUGGUCCUGCUGGCUGCUGAUGCCCGUGGCCAGCAGGUCUUCACCAACACCUGGGCUGUGUGCAUUCCUGGAGGUCCUGCUGUGGCUGACAGCGUGGCACGCAAGCAUGGCUUCCUCAACCUGGGCCAGAUCUUCGGUGACUAUUACCACUUCUGGCAUCGAGCAGUGACGAAGCGUUCCCUGUUGCCUCACCGCCUGCGGCACACCCGGCUGCAGAGGGAGCCUCAGGUACAGUGGCUGGAGCAGCAGGUGGCAAAGCGCAGGACCAAACGGGACCUGUACCAGGAGCCCACAGACCCCAAGUUUCCCCAGCAGUGGUACCUGUCCGGCGCCGCCCAGCGGGACCUGAAUGUGAAGGAGGCCUGGGCCCAGGGCUUCACUGGGCAUGGGAUUGUGGUCUCCAUUCUGGACGACGGCAUAGAGAAGAACCACCCGGACUUGGCAGGCAAUUAUGAUCCCGGGGCCAGCUUUGACGUCAACGACCAGGACCCUGACCCCCAGCCUCGGUACACACAGAUGAAUGACAACAGGCACGGCACCCGGUGUGCAGGCGAGGUGGCCGCGGUGGCCAACAACGGCGUCUGUGGCGUGGGCGUGGCCUACAAUGCCCGCAUUGGAGGGGUGCGCAUGCUGGACGGUGAAGUGACAGACGCCGUGGAGGCGCGCUCGCUGGGCCUGAACCCCAACCACAUCCACAUCUACAGUGCCAGCUGGGGCCCCGAGGAUGAUGGCAAGACCGUGGACGGGCCGGCCCGUCUUGCCGAGGAGGCCUUCUUCCGUGGGGUCAGCCAGGGCCGUGGGGGGCUGGGCUCCAUCUUCGUCUGGGCCUCGGGGAACGGGGGCCGGGAGCAUGACAGCUGUAACUGCGAUGGCUACACCAACAGCAUCUACACGCUGUCCAUCAGCAGCGCCACGCAGUUCGGCAACGUGCCCUGGUACAGUGAGGCUUGCUCGUCCACACUGGCCACCACCUACAGCAGCGGCAACCAGAACGAGAAGCAGAUUGUGACCACUGACUUGCGGCAGAAGUGUACGGAGUCUCACACGGGCACCUCGGCUUCUGCCCCCUUGGCAGCUGGCAUCAUUGCUCUCACGCUGGAGGCCAACAAGAAUCUUACCUGGCGGGACAUGCAGCACUUGGUGGUACGGACCUCAAAGCCAGCCCACCUCAAUGCCAACGACUGGGCCACCAAUGGGGUGGGCCGGAAAGUGAGUCAUUCAUAUGGCUACGGGCUGCUGGACGCAGGUGCUAUGGUGACCCUGGCCCAGAACUGGACAUCAGUGGCGCCCCAGCGCAAGUGCAUCAUUGAAAUCCUCACUGAGCCCAAGGACAUUGGGAAGCGGCUAGAGGUGCGGAAGACUGUGGCCGCCUGCCUGGGGGAGCCCAACCACGUCACCCGGCUGGAGCAUGCUCAGGCGAGGCUCACUCUGUCCUACAAUCGCCGUGGUGACCUGGCCAUCCACCUGGUCAGCCCCAUGGGCACCCGCUCCACCCUGCUGGCUGCCAGGCCGCACGACUACUCUGCUGAUGGGUUUAAUGACUGGGCCUUCAUGACAACGCAUUCCUGGGAUGAGGACCCCUCUGGCGAGUGGGCCCUGGAGAUCGAGAACACCAGUGAAGCCAACAACUAUGGGACACUGACCAAGUUCACCCUUGUGCUGUACGGCACAGCCCCCGAGGGGCUGCCUGCGCCUCCGGAGAGCAGCGGCUGCAAGACCCUCACGUCCAGCCAGGCCUGCGUGGUGUGCGAGGAAGGCUUCUCCCUGCACCGGAAGAGCUGCGUCCAGCACUGCCCGCCGGGCUUCACUCCCCAAGUCCUCGAUACCCACUACAGCACGGAGAACGACGUGGAGACCAUCCGGGCCAGCGUCUGCGCUCCCUGCCACACCUCGUGUGCCACAUGCCAGGGGCUGGCCCCCACCGACUGCCUCAGCUGCCCCAGCCACGCCUCCUUGGACCCUGUGCAGCUGACAUGCUCCCGGCAAAGCCAGAGCAGCCGCGAGUCCCCGCAGCAGCCGCCGCCGCCGCCCCGGCCGCCCCCGGAGGUGGGGGUGGGGGUGGGGGCGGGGCCGCGGCUCCGGGCCGGGCGGCCGCCGUCGCACCUGCCUGAGGUGGUGGCCGGCCUCAGCUGCGCCUUCAUCGCGCUGGUCUUCGUCACUGUCUUCCUGGUCCUGCAGCUGCGCUCGGGCUCCAGCUUCCGGGGGGUGAAAGUGUACGCCAUGGACCGAGGCCUCGUCUCCUACAAGGGGCUGCCCCCCGAGGCCUGGCAGGAGGAGGGCCCGUCCGACUCAGAAGAGGACGAGGGCCGGGGCGAGAGGACCGCCUUUAUCAAAGACCAGAGCGCCCUUUGACGAGCGCCCACUGCCCGCCCCUCCAGGCCCACCCCCUCGGGCACUUUUUAAUUCACCAAAGUAUUUUUUUAUCUUGGGACUGGGUUUGGACCCCAGCUGGGAGACAAGAGGGGCAGAGACUGCUUCCCAUACCCUCAGGCCACCUGGCAACCUGAGGUGGGGCCCCGGGACCAGCGGGGGCCAGGGGAGGGCCUCCCCCACGCCAGCGCCCUCUCCCCCUCUCCGUGCCGGAGGAAGGAGUGAACCCUUAGGGCAGCUUUCCAAGGCCCAGGCCCAGGCCCAGCGGAGCUCCUGCGGAGUGAGGUGGGGGCAGCCCAGCUCUUGGGGGUUCCUGACCCAGGCUGCACUUCUGCCCCUUCCUGUCCUCGAAAGCAAUAAUGGUUCCCAUCCAGGCAGCAGGGGCGCUGGCCUAGGCGGUCCUGGAAAGAGAAGGCCACCUCUCCAAGGGCUUUUGCAUCCCUGGCCCUGUCCCCACGGCUGGUGAGCCUCGGGCAGGAGUGAGUGAAGGAAGGGCUCACGGCAGGGCAGGUGCUCCAGGCUGUGCACACGUGUGUGUGUGUGUGUGCGUGUGCUCGUCCCUCUGACCCCCUCCACAGCUGGCAGCCCGCUGGGCGCGGCUGGCCCAGGCAAAGCCCCGUGCUGGUUUCUGACCACCCUCCCCGGCACCCCCCUUCCGCUGGGGCCUAAGUCCCUGUUUUCUGAGCCCGGGGCUGCCUGGGCUGUUGGCACUCAGCCUUGGAGCCCCUGGGUGGGUGGUGGGGAGGGACGGUGGCCCAGCCGGCCUCUCCCACCUCCCACCCAAUGCUGCUUUCCCCUGUGGGGAUCUCAGGGGCUGUUUGAGGAUAUAUUUUCACUUUGUGAUGAUUUCACUUUAGAUGCCGAUUUUUUUUUUUUGUAUUUUUAACGGGGGUAGCAGCUGGACCCCCCACCUUCCCUUACUCCCUGUCCACCCUGCUGUUCCCCUGACUCCCCUGGCCCUGAGGUGUGGGGGACUGCAGCCUGUUGCCGAGGAGUGAGGGGGAGCUGAACCCCAGGUCCUGAAGAGGCAGGCGGGCCAGGUGGGCCCAAGAAAGGGAACUCACCUGGGAGGGGCAGGCUGCCAUGGCGCUGCCGAUGGAGUUCAUCGUGCCAAGGGCUCAUGGGUCACUGGUUCUGUAAGUGCCAGGGGUGGGCAGGCAGUGGCACUGAGCCCCCUCCAACACUGUGUCCUGGUGGAGAAAGCACUGACCUGCCCCUCAAGUCCCCCUCUUCUGACGUGCCUUUGCACCCCUCCCAUUAGGACAAUCAGUCCCCUCCCACCUGGGAGACCCCUUUUCUUUCUCUCCCCUGGCCCUGGCACCCAGCCACCUGCCCAGGGGUGCCCCUCCUCUCAUCCCCUACCCUUGUGGCCAGCCUGGCUGGUUCUGUAAGGUACUGGGUUGGUGCCCAGUGAUUUUUUUCUUGUAAUUUAAACAGGCCCAGCAUUGUUGUUCUAUUUAAUGGACACGAGAUAAUGUUAGAGGUUUUAAAGCGAUUAAACAUGCAGACUAUGCAAA